AUGUCUUCAAAACAAAUCGAUAAAUAUCCAAGGUUCUUGAAAACAACUCAUCCACCUCCAAACUCAUCGGGAUUGAUGGAAUCAAAUCCUGAGAAGCCAUUAUCCAAGCUAAAGAUUGAAUAUAUUCAUGGAUGCUCAAAGAAGGGUUGUUAUGGAAACGUGUUUCAUGUUGAUGAUGAACAGCAUUUAGUCUAUCCUGCUGCUGGUUGUGGGGUAGUGCUUAAUGUUGAGGAUAACACUCAAAAGGUAUUCUGCAAGCAUGAUGAUGAUGUUGUUGCUUUGGCUAAACAUCCAAAUGGUAGAUACUUUGCUUCGGGGCAAAUGGGAAAGGACGAUAUGAUUUACAUUUGGGACAGUCACCAACCUGAGGCAGGUCCAAUUAAGGCACUCAAAACAAACACCCAAUUCAAAAAUGGAGGUGUGUUAACUUGUUGCUUUUCAACCGAAGGAUCCUUACUAGCCUGUGUUGGUGGUAGUCCUAAAAUGAACAUUAUUUUAAUUUAUGAUUGGAAUAAGGGAACAUGUCUUGCCAAUGUGAAAGGAACUAAUGAGGAAGUAUAUGCUUUAUGUUUUUCAAAAGAUGACAAUAAUUUGUACUUGUGUGGAAAGAAUACUUUUAAAUAUUAUGCAGUCUCUAAUUUGCAAUCGAAAAAUUGUGUUUUCAGACCAAAAGGAUCAAUUCAAAAUGUUUAUUGCAUUUGUUUGGACGAUAAUGGAAACGCUGUGGUGGGAGUUGAGGAUGGGAGUAUUUACAUUUUCACUGGAAAUAAUAUUGUUCAUGCUCACGAGCAGGCUCACACUGGAGCUGUAUAUUCGGUGUCAAGAUUUAGAAAUGGUUUUGUUUCGGGAGGAAAGGACGGUGUUGUCAAGUUUUGGAGUUUUUCAAAGAAUAAUCAAAUUACAGAAACAUCCUCUGUACAAGUGGGAUCAGCUGUUAAAAAUGUUGCUUCAAACGAAUCAGGAGAUAUUGUGUUUGUUUCGAAAUCAAAUGGUGAUUUAGAGCGAAUUCUCAACAAGUCCACUAAUACUCUCAUUUCUUUAUCUCAUUUUGGUAAUCAUUUGAAGGAAUUAUGGGGAUUAGCCACAUUCAAGAACAGCUCUCUUUUCGCAACUGCAUCUGAUGAUGGCAGAGUCAUUGUGUGGGAUACUGAAACAAGAAAGCACAUUUCACAGGUGAGAGUGACAAGUUUGGAAUUGAGAGCUGUGGCAGUUUCUCCAGAUCAUUUCCACAUUGCAACCACAACAAAGGAGGGAUCCCUGUUUGUCCUCAGAUUUUCAAAGAAUAAGAUAUUCGAGGAUCCAAUAGUUAACAGAAAGGAUUCUAUUGAAGAGAUUGCUGCUUUGCAGUAUUCACAUGAUGGUUCAUUGCUGGUGGCUGGAAGUCAUGAUAAUUACGUCUAUGUAUAUGAUGUCAAGAAGGGAUAUAAUUUGAUAGGAAAGCUGAAAGGCCAUUCAUCAUUUGUUAAGCAUAUUGAUAUUUCCAAAGAUAAUCAAUACAUAAGGAGUAACAGUGGAGAUUAUGAGAUUUUGUUGUGGGAUAUUCCUUCAAUGGCUCAAUCAAUGAAUCCAAACAUUGAGGACAUUCAAUGGCAAACCAAUAAUUGUACCCUUGGUUAUAAUGUUCGAGGAAUAUGGAAAUCAGAUAUGGAUGGAUCAGAUAUUAACAGUGUUGAUGUUGACUUGUCUAAAAAACUUGUUGUGGUUGGAACUGACAACUGCCAAGUCAGUCUUUACAAUUAUCCAUGCUCGACAAUUGGAGCCAAAGAUGUCUCUUAUAUUGGACAUUGUAGCCAUGUAACUGCUGUCAAAUUCUCUGUUAACAAUAAGAUACUUUCCUGUGGAGGUGGCGAUCUGACAACCAUUCAGUGGUGUCUUGAUAAUUGCUCUGGCUCCUCUGUAGUAAUGACCUUCAAAAGUGAAGAAAGGGAGCUUGAAUCUGUUUCUGUGGAAGAAAAGAGCCACAUUGGCUCUCAACCAAACAGUCUUGUUUACCAUCCACCUCAAAAGGAAUCAACACCGAAAAAACCAUUCUUUAAACGUUGUGAAAUACUUUAA